CUUCUCCUCUAACAUCAGUGUGUGACCUCACAAAUGCGCUUCUGGAAGAAUGGUCCAAAAUUCACAUAAACACACUCCUAAACCUUGUGGACAGCCUUCCCAGAAGAGUUGAAGCUGUUAUAUCUGCAGAGGGUGGACCGAUGUCAUAUUGAACCCCAUAGACUAGGAAUGGGAUGUCACUUAACUUCAUAUGCGAGUCAAGGCAGGUGACCAAAUACUUUUGGCAAUAUAGUGUAGCUGCCUACAAUCAUCUGCAAAAACUAAUUGAUGAACUGGUUCUGAGUGAAGUCCAGUAGACACGUCCUGUAAAGAGGAGAUCUGUUCAAGUCCAGAACUGCACAAAUUGAAGAGACUUGACAGUCAUUGUCAUAGUUAUCAGAGAAAUGGAGCAGGAAGGAAGUGAGCUGAACCAGGACAGGUUUUCCUGUUCGAUCUGUUUGGAUCUACUGAAGGAUCCAGUGACUAUUCCCUGUGGACACAGCUACUGCAUGAAGUGUAUUAAAACCCACUGGGAUGGAGAAGAUGAGAAGAACAUCCACAGCUGCCCUCAGUGCAGACAGACCUUCAGACCGAGGCCUGUCCUGGUGAAAAACACCAUGUUAGCAGAUUUAGUGGAGGAGCUGAAGAAGACUGGACUCCAAGCUGCUGCUGAUCACUGCUACGCUGGACCUGGAGAUGUGGCCUGUGAUUUCUGCACCGGCAGAAAGCGAAAGGUGUCCAAGUCCUGUCUGCAGUGUCUGGUCUCCUACUGCCACAAACACCUCCAGCCUCACACAUGUGGGUUUGUCAUCAAUCUCAGUCUCAUUCCAGGUUUGAUGUGGAACCCAUUGUGUCCACUGAUGUUACAUGCAGAACCUGCCCAUUUAAACGCAUAUAAAUCGCUAAUUAUUUUUGCAAAAGUGGUCAUUUUUGUGAAACACUCUGUCUUGCAAAAUUAGUUCAAUUCACAAAAUGUACCUGUGGGAGAAUAAAAAGAUGUUCAAUAAAAAUAGUUGUGCAUAAUUUUUGUGUCCUUUUGACUGUGUUACAUGCGGAUUUAUGUAUUAAAAAU